CUACUUCCCCUUUAAGAGAACCAUGGCGCCUCGCAAGUCGAAGCAGACAUUUUUCAAUGUAAGAUUUUUGCCUUGCAUAAAUUAUGUUCAUGACGUAGUGCAAAAAGCCAAUUUUGUGGCAAUUUUGUCCGACUUUACAGCUCAGAUAGGCUUUUGUGAGACCCCUGAUGGAUUUUUUAUUAUCUGAACUGUUGCAGAAAGGGCAUCGUCAUUAAAUAUUAAGAGAGAGGAGAUCCUAACAUUGCAACCCUCCUUAUCAAUGCAAAUACCUCUUUUGUGUGCAGUCACAGCGCCUGUCUGGAAGCUGAGAUGAAUUUUUAAUUAGGUGUGACUGAAACAAACUGUGACAAGGACCUUUAUAAAAGCGGGGGAUUACAGAAAAUAAGCUCCAUUUACGCGAAUGUCAGGAAGACAGUGACUGUGGUGGUGCAGUGAGCCAUGAACUCCAAGGACCCCCCUGCCAAAGAUGCCCCACUUACUGUCAAUGAGCAGGUCAUUGUGAUGUCUGGCCACGAGACGAUUCGUGUGCUAGAGGUAGAAGUCGAUGCGACCCUGCCACCAUCCGUACCGGAUGUGAAGAGUGAAGCCAGAGCUGAGGAGGGAGCGGCUCGGCCUGCAGAGCAACCUGAGGCUGGCAGCACCCAGGACGUGCCCCAGAGCACUGGGGUAGUAGUGCUGGGCGAGCAGCAUGUGGUGUCUGUAGAGCCUCCUGCCCCUGCUGUCCAAACGCUGACUCCCGCUGUUCCCGUCAGUCUGUCCCUGUCGCAGCCGCAGGCCGCCAUGCCCAUCACUGUACAAGGCUGUCCGCAGGUGCUGACCCAGGAAAGUUUGGCUACUCUGAUGACUGGUAUGAUGGCCCAGACUGGAUCCCUGGGGCAGCCCUUGCUCAUUCCCCUGAGUAUGGCAGGCUCCAUUGGCGGCCAGGGUGGUCUGGCUGUUCUCACCUUGCCUACCACCAAUGUAGCUACUAUCCCCGGCUUCACAGCAGCUAACACGGCCGGAAAUCUCCUCAAACUGCCCUUUGCUGGACUCCAAGCUGCGACAGUCCUGAACUCUGUUCAGCCCCAACUGCAGACAAAUGCCCAGACAAUGUUCCAGCCGCAAACCGCUUCCAUGCAGCAGGUGCAGGUGACGUCUCAGCCAACACAGGUGACCAAUGCACAGGUCACCGCUGCUCAGGUGGCGGCAGCCCAGGCCUCCGCGGCCGCCACUACUGUCUCUCAGUCCAACAUAUCCUUAGCAGCACUCCAGACUGCAGGACUCUCCAUCAAUCCUGCCAUUAUCAAUGCUUCUUCUUUGGGAGCUCAGCCCCAGUUCCUCAGUUCCCUCACCUCCACUCCCAUCAUCACCAGUGCCAUGUCCAACAUGGCUGGCAUCACCAGCCAGAUCAUCACAAAUGCCCAGGGACAGGUCAUAGGAACCCUCCCGCUAUUGUUUAACCCAGCCUCAUUGGCUGGAGGGGCAGCGACACACACCCUUCCCCUCCAGGGCCUCCAGGGCCUCCAGGGACUCCAGGGUCUUCAGGGCCUCCAGGGGCUCCAGGGUCUUCAGGGGCUCCAGGGAGUCCAGGGGCUCCAGGGAGUCCAGGGGCUCCAGGUCCAGGCUGUCACCCCACAGCUGCUUUUCAAUGCCCAGGGCCAGAUCAUUGCCACGCUAGGGAAUGGGUCUGCAGUUGCAACCUCUGCUGCUGCGGUUCUGCCCAAACCCGCUGCUCUUCCAACACUUACCAAAGCUGUCACACAGACUUCGGUAACAACUGUCAGUCAGUCACCAAUUGUCAUCGCCCCGCAGCCGUCUGUACUGAAGACGGCCACCACGCUCUCCUCCACGGUACCCAUCACCUGUGGAGACAUUGCAAAAGUGGGCCAGCUUGUCAGCAAACCCCAGCAGGUAGUCAGCAGCGAGGAAGGCAUUAAUCUGGAAGAGAUUCGAGAGUUUGCUAAGAAUUUCAAGAUCCGCCGGCUGUCCUUGGGGCUUACUCAGACACAAGUAGGGCAGGCUCUGACUGCAACUGAGGGUCCGGCCUACAGCCAGUCUGCCAUUUGCAGGUUUGAAAAGCUGGAUAUCACGCCUAAGAGUGCUCAGAAGCUAAAGCCGGUGUUGGAGAAGUGGCUGGCUGAGGCCGAGCACUGGAACCAGAAAGGCCAGCAGAAUCUGAUGGAAUUUGUUGGCGGUGAACCGUCCAAAAAACGCAAGCGGCGUACUAGUUUCACACCGCAGGCAAUAGAAGUCCUUAACUCCUACUUUGAGAAGAAUGCCUUGCCGACAGGCCAAGAGAUUACAGAAAUUGCAAGAGAGCUAAACUAUGACCGAGAGGUGGUGCGAGUAUGGUUCUGCAACCGGCGACAGACGCUGAAAAACACGAGCAAAAUCAACGUCUUCCAGGUUCCGUAGCGACCUCGAUCUGGGAGGGUUUGCCGCUGAUCUUUUGUUCUUUUUUUGGAAGUAGGAACCUUUAAUACAGCAACACAGAUGGGAAUUGUGCUGUGAAGACAAUACAAACUCUAUUAAAGAAUAUGAACUUUUUCAGAAAAGGAAGGAAAUUACACAAAAGUGUGUCAUUUAAUAAUAAUAGUGUUAUGAAGCGGUAUAUGUGUACACAACUCCUUUUGUGGUGGGUACUAAAUCAAACUGCAUGGUCUUUUUUAAUCAUAUACAGUGAUGAUAAUACACAUGUCAUAUUUAAAACAUUUGAAUAACUUUUAUACCAGUGGUUUUCUAGGCUAUCCUUCUGAAUCCUAUUAAGUGACAGUGCAUUGAGUCACAUUGAUUUUAGUCACAUAAUUGUCACUUUGUCACAAACUGUGACAUUACGCUGGUAUUUAAAUAACAUGCUUUUGGCACCAUAACUGUUUUCAAAAUGCUUGCUGCUCAUUUAUUUCAUACUUAGGUAGCAUUUCUAUUGCGUGAGCAGCUUUGCGAACAAUUAACUAUUCUGACAGGCAUAAGAUUUGUAGACUAAAAUAGCUUAUCACCUUAUUUUCCUCAGAAUUAGUUGUCCAAUUAACGCCAAACUUUGCUAUCUAUGGACUCCUGACUUCGCAGCAGUGUUUAAGGACAAUCAUCAUUUUGAUAUUUCUUCAUAACUACAAAGAUGAGCUUAAAAUCUGUAGUAAUUUCCUCUUGUGUGGCUUUGAUAUUUUUAUUCAGAAGCGUGAAAGGUGUCACACUCCCGGGGCUGUCAAUAGAGAGGUUCAUUUCUGAAGGACAACUGGUUCUUAUCAAAAUAAUGUAUACUUUAUUAAAUACAAUAAAGUUUCGGCUAUUGCUUAUGAUGCAACAACUGUAAACCUAUUUUAGCUUUUUUUAAUAUUUUUUUUCAUUUGUAGGUUACUGGUCAUGCAAAUACACAUACUAUAUGUGUGUGAAUUCACCACAGUAUGUCUUGUUUAAUGUGCUUCUAAUACUUUGAGGGUGCUUUGUGUUUUCCUCUUUAUUCACUGUCUUUAUUCCCCUGGCUUGACAAUGUUUCUGCUGCAUUUUUGAAAUCUUAAGUUAGAUAAAGUAUAUUUUAGGAGGAGCUUAAUUGGCCAAUUAUGAAAUUUGAAAUACUCUUUCGUUGCCUAAAAACAUACUGAAAGCAACAUAUUCUCUAGCUAAUCUUACUAAGCCUAAUAUCAAUCAAAUUACUGAAUUAAAAAAAAAAUGUAAUCAACUGUUCAGCCAAGGAAGGUGUUUUGUGGUUUAAUGUGUUACGACUUUAAAUGUGAAUAAGUUUAAAGAGUGUUCGCAUGUGCAGUCUGAAGUUAUUUCCUGUAGGAACAAUACUACGGCGUUUUUUUUUUUGUGUUUGCCAAUUCUUCGAGAGUUCUUUGCACUUUAGUGACCGCAGGAAAAGUACAGUAAAAGGGUUACGAAUGGUUUAUGUACAGUGCAAGGGUUCACUUAUGUAUUUCUGCAUUUCUGUUUAUUGAACAGCAAGAAAUCUUUGCUUUGCAAAAUGUAGCAGUACUGGCAAAAUUGCAAUCAUUAACAUCUAUCUCUAAGAUUAACUUAAUUUUUAUGCGGAUGAAAUGUAAAAUACUGCAGAUUAAAUAUAAAACCUAAUAUGCAUUAAUCCCAUUCUUUGAUUUUGUGAAUUACAUGGUGAAUUUGAUGGUCCAGCAGGUUAUUUUUCUUCUUUUGAAUAAAUAGGCCUAUUAUAUUGCAGUUGACAUAUACAUCCAGGAUAUGCUUAACGAUACAAAAUAAUUAAUAUUGCAAAGGUUAUGCUUUAUUGUGUUUUCCUUCAUGCUCAAUAUGGGAUAACAAUAUUUAAUAUUGUUUAAUAAAAUUAUCAAUAGAGAAAAGAAGAUCUAAACUAAUAACAUAUAUCAGCUCUAAGUCAUUUGAUUUUUGCAAAGCACAUAAAAUGUGAGAAAAGGCGAUAAGAAGUUGAAUGCCAUCUGUCUUUCUGUCAGAAAAAUCAAAUAAAUGCGGUUUUUAUUAACCA